AAACUCUUAGGUUGCAAGAGAAUGCUCGGCUAGCUUACUUGGAUCAUACUAGAGACUUUAGAAGAAAUAACCAUUUCAAAGUUUCAAUGUGCUAAACCUUUAGGUCUUGCUGACAGGGGAGAAGUACAUUAUUAUUUUUUUUUUUUGAGCUUAGAAAUGGAUACAGAAGACAUGGGGUCAGGUAAAUUAGGUCAAAUAUUGAGGCAGAUUUGGAGACAAAACCAAAUGUUAAAGAAGGCACUCCUAGGUGAUGAUCUCUGUGACGGAGCUGGUGGAGCCACAUGGACAGCCACAAUGAUCUUUUUGGGUCAAAGACUCAAUGAAGCUCUUUAUCAACUUUUGGAACACACUGCAGGGUCCCUUCGGUCUACCUGCCAACAGCUGUAUAUACUACUUGACAAGGAUAAUCAAUAUAUCUGGAGACAAGAAAUUAUCGCUUUCAUAGACUGCCUCAUGAAAAUGAAUGAACAUUUGGGGAAUACUGCUAUGCUUCUAAAGAAAGAAGAAAAGGAAAUGUGUAAUUUAUGCAGCAUGCAUGAGGACCGUACUCCACAGCAGACAAUAUCAGCCAUUCAGGAUACCAAAGCAACAGACAUUGCUCCAAGAAGGGAACUAAAUGUCAUGGAAACAGCUACUGUUGCUUCUACAAAUGCAGGGGAGAGCCAUUCUACCAACCAGGUCCAGUUAACAGAAAAUAAAACACAGAUAAAUUCUGAUUUAGGGAAAAAAGAAAACAAUGGCCCAUUGAGUGGAAAUGUAAUAGGGCAAGAAGAGUCACAGAGCACAGUGUUCCCAGAUAAUGCAGAAAAUGAAGAUGAAAAACAAAUAGAACACGUGACUGCUGAGAACAUAAAUGGUAACAAGAAAGAUAUUCAUGAUGCAAUCCAGACAACAGCAAGGGAAAUUCAAGAGACCUCAGAAAGCCAAAGAGAAAAGAUUACCACAUCCCCAACAGCAUGGGAUGUCUCCAGUAAGGACAUGAAUAAUCUUUAUGAGUCAGAGAGUCUAAAACAAAAGAGUAACAUAAUGGAAAAGGAGUAUCUUGCUGUUCUGAGUGAUGGGACUGAUCCUCAAGUCUCUUGUUACAUUACAGCACCAUUACACAUCCUACAGUGGUUUGACUGCCAGAUAACUAAUGACAUGAGCUCCUUUAUAGUGAGUGAUAAUGAAGAGUUGGUCAGCAAUGUCAUCACUGUUGAAUGCUCAGAUAAGGAAAAGAAAAUUCCAUUCCCAAUAUGCAUUACAAUUCCAUUCAAGGCAUGCUACAAGGGAAAUUACAGAGACAUCAUGGUGAAAAUGUCUGACAGAAACUUUCAGUCAAGUUACCUUAUCCCAAAUUUACUGGAAAGAAUGAGAGGAAGUUGUAAGGGGACUUGUGCUUCAGUCUAUGUUUACAAGUUGGGAAUGUUUUCUGUAGUGUCAUGUUUAAAAAAACAGUCUUUCACAGUUACAAAGAAGGGGCUCACUUGGAAGUCCAGCAUGGAUGCCAGGAUAUCCUUCAGUUAUCCUGCAGGAGUUUUCAGUUCGCCAGUGCUUGUACAAUUAAAGAUCCAGCCAGUUGACCCUUCUCUAGUGUCAUAUUUAAAAGCACAUCAAGAUCCUUCCUAUUCAGUAAUGUCCACCAGUCCACUGAUCUGCAUCCAGCAUCCAUCAACUCAUCCCUUUCAGAAGCCAGUCACUGUGUUUCUCCCUUGUUCUCCUCUCCCUGAAAAGAAGAACCCUGAGUCUGAGAAAGAUCACAGGAGACCAGAGAGUGCAACAGUGCACAGGAGCCUGCCAAUACCCUCCUACUUCAACAGGUCCAAAAGUACAUCUCUCAGAAAACCUGGUAACAAUGCAUGUGAAACUUUAAAAUUACUAGGAUUCAGGAGCAGAGACAGUUGUUGGUUUGGGAUUGAUGAUGUUGUGGUGAGAACUGUCCAGAAUGGCUUGGUAUCAUUUGAAUUAUGUGAACACUUAGAGAGAUUUAUAGUACUCCACCUGUCUUCCCCAGUGGACAAUAGCCACUUGGUUUCUUUUGUCAAGUCGUUAGAGGAAGCCUCUCUCAGUACCACUGCCUGCAUUGUACUGUCACACCAGAAGGACAAUCCACAUCGGGUGGUUAUUUUAGUGGUGCCUUCUAAGGAGUUAAGUCUGGUGUUGAAGAGCUUGCGCUCAGAAGGGUUUGGAGGACUUCCAGAAUCAUCUAGACAAUUCCAAGUAAGAGAAGGAGAACAACUUCUUUUGAGGUUUACUGGAAACAUAUUUGGUUCAAGCAAUGGGAAGGAUUAUGAGAAAGACUACAAGCUCAUUUUUCACCUGCAAAGAAAACCCAGGCUGGAACUCCACAUCAAAGAGGUGGAUGAAUUUGGGAAUUAUAGCUGCCCUCAUUAUAAAGGUAGCAUUACAGUUUACAAAGUACCCAGAGAGAAGAUUGUCCCCAACUUGGAUCAAACACUUCAUGAAACUUUUUAUCAGUUUCCAGUUUGCAAAUUACCACUGAAAUUGCCAAAGCAUGAAAAAGUGAUUAACCGUCCACAGAGCACCAAAAGAGUUUCUACAGACCCUCUAGUGGCACUUUGGGAUAACUUGCUCCACUGGCUGGCUGAGGAGCUCACUGAAGAAGGUGCUGAGGUCCUCGCUGCAUCCCUCCCACUGCGCCGCAGCACAGUCCAGCUCAUCAAACUUAAGCAUCCUGAUGAUCCAACAGAGCAGAUCCACGAACUCCUUUGCUUCUGGAAAAGAUCACUCCCAACUUCCACUGACAAAAUUCGUCUCCUGGCUCGCCAUCUCCGCAAAAUGGGCCGCGGUGAGCUCGCAGAAGAGCUCAAAUUCAAAUGGGAGCAUAAGGUGUUCACAGAACCGCAAUCCUGGUUUGAUGUGGCUACUGAAUAAAGGUCGGCUCACACUUCCUUUACCCUA